CAGCGUGAAUAAAUAGUACGCGUAUGUAGACAAACAGAGCACUUUGAGAUUAGUAUUGAAAACAGGUGACCGACAUAUGAACGCUCCGCCCAGCUGGACGCGAGAGGAGGAUGUGGGAAUGAUAAACGACUCUGGGGAAGUCAGACUGGACCGUGUGGUUGUCGCUGCGGUUAGUUUAUUUGCAAGCCUAGGAUAUUGUUUUGACGGGGUAUUUCACAGUAGCCUACUUACUUUCUUUUUAAACUCGUGCUUCGCUUUACGUACCGUCUCGCCCGCUCGGUAGUGCUCGGUAUCAUCGGUGUGCUGCUCCUUGUUGACACCGAUGACAGUGUAACUAACAUCCCAGUUAUACCAGCAGCUGCUUGUGCGAUUAUUAACUGGAAACAUUUUUACUGGAAACGGGAGUUAUUCACAACAUUUCCUGUUUAUUUUUUCAGUGAACUGCCUCUACUUUACUGCUCACUUUUACAACAUGCUGUCAUUUACAAUACAACGAACAAGUGGACUCUGUGCAGCUGACCCCUCGUUGAGGCUUACAUCUAGCUUUUGACGACAUCAUUUAGUUGUGUGUGAGUCCAUGCUCCUCCAUGCCUUUGUUGGCAUCUAAUGGAAGAUAAAGCACCCAUCAGGUCUGCCAUGGUAUCGAGACUGCCUAAGUUUGGAGGACGCUCCUCAGGUGGUGGCACUGGGCCCUUGACCAAUGGUUCCACACAGCCAACCACCCCUUCCCAGGAUGGCAAGACAACUCCUCCAGGAACACGCCCAAACGGUGUGAUCAGGGCCAAUCCUUUUUCCCUGAAAUGUAGAAAAGAUGAAGGAACGACCCCCUCAAGCCCCACCACCCCCACCAGCCCUGGGGAUGGUGAAGACAAGGCUCAGACACAGCUUCCCUCUUUGGCAAAGGAGUUGAAGAUCGCCUCUCCAGGGACACCAAAGAUGCGGAAGUCCGGUUCUUUGAUGGUAGCUGUCUCCAGCCCCAAGGCAAUCCCCAAACAAUCCACAAAGAUGAGUCCCAAAGUAGGAACUAAGCUAGGGCAAACCCCACUUAAUGGAGGACCUAAAGUGAACCAUAAUGGAUAUAGUGUUUCUGUGCGAACAGGGUCAGAGUCCCGCCUUGUGCGGCCAAGAUUAGGCUCCAGCUCUCCCAGAAGCAGCUCUCAAGACAGCCUGUCCCAGCCUAGUGACAGCAUGAAAACUUUGGCGCUGGACAACAUGGUGCGUUCUAACAGCUUCACUCACUUCAAGCAGAUCCCCUCUCCGACCAGCCAGCCUAUGAUACGGUCCUUCUCCUUUAAUCGGGCCGUGGAGCUGGCCAAGCCUCUGGCCAACACCCAACUCCGACCUCCUCGGAGUAGUUUCCUCAAACCUCCUCAGCUUAGCAAUGGACGAGUGGGUUUAGGACUAGGAAGUCUAAAUGGCAACUAUGGAAGUACAGGAAGUCUAGGUGGAGGGAUUGGAGGUCUUCAGCACUGCAAACACCCUCUAGCUGCCUCCUCUUUGCCCACCCCCUCAAUUUCUCCAGCACCCACUACUCCCAAUACUCUGAGGAAGCCACUGCUCCCUAGUUGUGUGCUGACCAAGUCAUUGGGAAAUAGUGGGGGCUCUUUGGGCUACAGGCUGGCUAGAUCUGUGCAGGCCAAGCAGCAAAAGCCUCUUUUUCCAGGUCGGGUGAAAGGUGAUAUAAGACCUUCAACUGCCCCUGAAAGUGGAGGGGUUUUAGGGAUAGCCAUACAAAUUGGGUCAACUGGUGAGUCUGAAAAAGCAGGCUGUGACAGUGAUGGAAGCUCUGGGGAUGGAGGAGGAAAAGGAGGAGGAAAUAAUGUGCUUAAGCAGAGUUCUGGCCAGGCAGCAGGCGAGACUCUGGAGGACAUGUCCUUAUCCUCUGCCUCGUCUCUAGACAGAGUCGACACCAGUGAAGAGUUUCUAGAUGACUUUGACAGUGUGGGAGAUGUGUUCAGUGAUGGGGACCUGCCUGACAACAGGUCAACUGGCAUCACUACUCAAACCCGCCUACACAGCUUUCUUAAUGAGAACAUUGACUGGGUCACUGUGGAUCUGGCAGGACAAAAAGAAGAAAGCCCUAUGCAGGACUCCCAGGGAUCGCUGGUGUCUCCAGAGCGGGUUGAUGUCUGCCAGGCAUCAUCUGUGGAGCUGUCGCCCUCUAACAGCUCUGGUGGGACCUACAUGUGGGAUGAAGAUGGUCUCGAGCCCCUUGGGGGACCCGGGACACAUCCAUGUGAUAGCUAUGAUGACUCAGCGCUCAACAGCAUGGACAUCCUGAACAACCUGGACCCUCCGGGCACUGGAGAGUUGGAUGAUGAUGACCUUAUGCUGGAUGUGGACCUCCCAGAGGAUGGCUUGCAUGAUAUUGACAGGAUGUCCCACAUUGAGCGUUCGGAGAGGGCUGGUCGGCAGGGACAGCGGCGUAAGCACCAUCGUUGGAGCGGACCAGACCACUUCCACAAUGAUAGCAGGGGCCAUUUCUUCCAGCACUAUGAUGGUCUCAAGGCCUCAAGGAUGUCUUCACGGCCCAAUCCCCCUGAAGGCAGGCAGCAAGGCUAUACAGCAAUGCUGGAUGAACUCACACUCGAACAUAUGACCCAGGACUGCAGCUCGCUCAAGAACCAGCUGCUCAGGCUCAAAACUUUACUUCAGUUUGAGGAUACAGACUCUCCAGCAGAUGUUCCUGAGGAGAUUGAAGACAACACCACUGCAUCACAGUUGGAGGAGCUUAUUAAGGAAGUGCGGGGGCUCAGAGAAGAACUGAGGACGCGAGACAAGACCAUUGCCCAGCUCACAUUACAGUGUCAACAGCUACAACAACAGCAAAUGCCUGCUCAUGGACGGCAGGGCAGGUGUCAGUGCCACCACCAGAGGGCUCCCUCUUCAUUACGACAGACCGAUAAACAGAUGGACAGACGGAUGCAGCACUAUGACAAGGCCACCCAGACAUACUGGAGACCGCUCAGCCAUCCUCCUCAAAUACUACAGCCUUUCAACCCCUGCCUCAACGAGCCCCUCCACCAGGGAAGACUAGUAAAAACUCCCCCCACCGAGGGCCACAGUGACCUCACAGGGAAUAGUACAGAAGGAGGAGCCCAUACAGAUGCUGACUGUUGUGUCGAAGGCCGCAUGGUAAAUGUGUCUGGCCCAGCAGACCCCAACAAGCUGAGUUAUCUCCUCAGCACCCACCUGCACCGCCCGAGCUCCGGGACUCCACAGGGGGUAACUGCCAGAGACAGUCCAGUGGCAGCAGCUCAGCCUGCAGCACAGCUGGAGUGGAGAGCCCCCGCUGUAAUACUGCAGAACUCUGUCUCUCCUAGAUUUGCUGGAUCGACUGGCCCUCGCAUGCUGCAGCCUCCUCGCUUUCACAAGACUGUGUCGCUUCCUGCACUCAAGCCGGGGGGCACAAGUGGCUUUGCCUCUCUGAAAGCAGGAUGUUCCUCAGGGCCUGUGGUUAACCGGACCAAGCAGCUGCCUCCUCCAUCUAGAGGCCUUCCCUGCUUUAACGCCGGACCCCAGGUGCAGAUUCCAAGUCUUUGUCGCACUUCGCUGCUUCAGCCCCGCAGAGUAUCACAGCCUUUCAGGGAUCCACGGUACACCAGCUCGAGCCUGGAGGAGCCCAACCAGGGCAAGCUCAAAGACCCUGGGUCAACAAAGAUCCUGAUCCCUUUGAGUCGCUCAUGCCUCCCCAAGCCAAAGAUUCCCUGAGGAGCUUAAACCUACUCAUCUAAACUUGCAACUGGAAUCACUCUGACUUUGAUAUUCAUCCUCUUCUCCCCCCAGCCAUAAUAAUAGUGUGAUUGUUUUAGUUUUUGAGUGUCAGAGGGACAUACUCUGAGCUCAUGAAACCCACAUGGACCAUUUGGGGACUGUCUGUGUCUGCAAAAUUGAUAUUAUGCUGCUGUAUUGUUUUUAAAUUAGCUUCCACAACUCCAGCCUGAUUAAUAUUCAUAAUAUAGUAUGUAGCAAGAUCCUAUUUUCACAACAAUCCACAGUGGUAUAUAAAUCCACAGUCCCUCAAAAUGGCCUCUAUAAAAAAAAAAAGAAAAAAGAUGAUGUCCAGUUUUAAUAGCUUUGCACAUACAGACGAAUGCUACUGAUGCAAAAAUAAGAGUUACCAUUCAGAGAAGUCAGCCUUUUCUUUUUUUGUAAUGCCCACUGGCUAUUAACACAUUUCAAAGUGUGAGUUCACUUGUCUUCACACAGCGGUGACCUCUUACACACAGGUGCAUUUGGCUUUCAACGUAGAGGUGGCAUGCAUGUGACCCUGUGUAAUAGUUGGCCCAGGGAAAGACCGAGGUAAAAACAAGACAUGGGAAAGAAACAGAGAAAUACUUAAAUAACGAGAAGUGGAGUGGGGACUGGAAACUGAAAAGCAAAUUCGUUAAAUCUCUGGAGCUGUCACUUCCAAUGAAUGUGAAUGAAAAUAUAGUAUGUGCUUGUGUAAAUGUGUGAGAGAAAUGAGAAUACAUAGAGGUGAAAGACCAAGACAACAGCAGCUUCACAUUGUAGGUGCAUACAUGUUUAUGGUUCAGAGGUUUGGAGAUUCACUCUCCAAAACCUGCACAUACUAGCAAAAAGGGUCACAGAAUUUUAUGUAAAAGCAACUAAUAAAGACCUGUAAAAAAAAAAAAAAGAAAAAAAAAGGACAUUCUGCUGGGGGUAGAGAGAACAUUAGGAUAAACAGUAAACAAGUGAGGAAUCAGCUUUCAUAAUGUAGCAGAAAAGAGUAGUGUAAAAAAGCUCUUACACACUGAAGUGUGCUCAUGUACAAUGUAGGCUCACUCGCAGCCGUGCGCAAACACGUGAAGUACUCUGACACUGUGAAAAAUAUCUCUUAUUUCAGGGUCAUUUUCUGCAUUAUCUAAAUUGACAACAGUGAACAGUAACAGGAAAUUGGCGAGAAGAAGCAUGCAACAGAGCUAAUUUAAAAUCUUACUGAGUCAUAUUAUCUGUUUUUAUAAGACAAAUGUCUGCUGGUAAAGAGAGAAAUGACACUUAUUCCCAGUGCAAACACCUUGGUUGCAAAAAUGCAAAAUGAUCUGCCUCAUUUAAAGAUGUUGUGAUUUGAUGUAAGACAAUUCAACAACUCAAACUCAGGUUGAGAAAAGUGACACUUGAUUUAGGAACAAAGAAUUUGGGAGUCAAUUAAAUCACUUGUUAGGGACAUUUUUUUACAUUACACACUGACUUCCUUGAACUAUCUCCGUCAGUGACCCUCACAUGAAAACAUCAGCUAACAGGGAUUCAUUAUACGUGUGAAGCUGCUGCCGGGUGUGCGUGUAUGUGUGUUUGAGAGUCUAAGCUGUUAUCGUUUUUUUUCCCCCUGCUGUCUCUCUCUUUAUUCCUUUCGCUCUCUUGCACAUCUCUUUGGGAACAUCAAAGGUAUUAGCACAGUAUUUUCAGGUAGGAAGCCUUCAGGGCUUUAGUGGUGUUUCUGUGGGAGUUUUGGAAAAUUGUGUUUAUCUCUCCUUUGCGGAGCCCUUUUGCAGUGAAACACUCCCGAAAUGUCCCCAAAACGGAGAGCAGCAGUGUGUUAAAAAGGCCUUCUGACAGCAACUCUGCUCUCUUCUCUGUCACGCCGCGUGACCACUUGGUGUACGCCUCUGGCUCUGUCUGGUCUACUGCGUCCAAUAAUGCACCCUACAUAGACAGAGUGAGACAGAGAGAGACACACACACACACACACACAUACACAUUCACAUCCGGAUACAGAAGUUACAUUGAUACACAUAUAGGCGCUCUGACACAAAACUCAGAGGGAACUCACACACACACACAUCAGUUCACACUUCCAAGCAGCCACAUCAACAUAUAUACUUUGAAUUUUUAAACAAAAUACAUACAAGUGUGUUUUGUUUUGUUUUGUUCUGUUGGACUUUGCUUUCGCAAAGAAACUCUCCAAGUUCACAUUGAUCCAUCUAUCCGCUUAAGCCAAAAGGAACACACAAAAAAGCCAUCUCUAGAUUACUUUGGAAAUGAGUAGAGGCUUGUAUGUGUGUUUGUGUGCGUGUGAAUAUGGAUCCAUGCGGCUGAUAAAAAAUGUUUACCUGUUGGCUAGUGCCAAACCGGCCGAGCAGUCAGCGUGGUUCUGUGAAGCCAAGAAAAAUCCAUUUCUUUUAAUGAAAACAGAAAUAGGGGCAGCAAGAUAUAUAUACGGCAGAUGAGAAAGAUGCACAGUGAGAGAUAAUAAGGCAGAGCAGAAUGAUAGAGCAAAAAAAGGAGAUGUAGUGAUGAAAUGUUCGGGAGGCGAUAUGAUCAAGAUGGGCUGUGUGGUCUGAGAAUGUUUGUCUAUAAAAUGUCGCCAAGGAGUGUAGAAGAGAGGAGUGGGAGACAGAAUACGUAGCAUGUUUGUGUGCACUGUGGUCCAGAGAGUAGCCCGAUCCCCUCAGCUGUGUCACUCACAGCUUAGUAAUGCCAAACAGGAAAUCAAUGUUGUCUGCCGUGUGUGUGUGUGUGUGUGUGUGCGUGUCUCCAGACACCUCUGGUUGCCAGUGUUUCUCUUUUGGAAGAGUGUGUGUGCGUGUGUGUGAGAGAGAGGGAGAAGGAGAUGUGUCUGCCCACAGCCCAAAGCAAACUCAUGCCAGGGAAAGCAGGGCAGGGCCAUCUUUCUCUCCCUGUGCUGUAUUCCCUAUCUCCAAAUCAAUGUGCUUGCUUAGUUUAGCAGUCAAGCCAAUCAGUCUCGCUAGCCAUGCCAUAACAGAACUACAAGUGGGCUGCAGCAAGUUGGAUCAAUUCUAAUGCGUGAUGUUAUUUCACUUUGAGGACUCACAAUUGUUUUAAGCUGCAUUGCACAACAGUUAAAGUUACCAAAGGGGGCCAGGUUGUUCUGUAUUAUUAUUCUGAAUGGCACAGUCUGCAUUUCAGCACCCAGUACACAUUAUAUACAGAAUAAUGUACUUAUUUGUCAGGUGGAUAGAAACACAACUCCACAUGAAUGCUAAAGUUGUUCAGUAUCUGCUGGAUAGGCAUGGGAAACUGUUUACUAACACGUACGCCAUAUCAAAUUUAUGAGGUGAUGUCAGUGUUGUGUUUACAGUUUGUUUUCGUUGCCCCCGGGUGGCCAUAAAAUCUAUUAUUGCAGGUUUAAAACCAUCAUCUGGAGGUUUCUCAGGCAACCCGAUGAUGGUUUUUAAAAUAAAAAUUGAAAGCUUGAAACUGUAAAUAUACAGCUGCCUUUUUUGGGGGGGUGGGCAGGCAACUCUACUCCACUCCUGUUACUAACUUGUGUUUAAGUGUAUCAUACAGUCUUAUUGGUUUACUUUUUCCACUAGUUUCACAUCCACUACAGUGUUACAGGUGUCGUUUUCAUCAUAGCUUUAAUGCUUUAAAUUCACCUAGAAGUUGAAAGUGUUAGCAGAUAAAGCACAUAUUGUACUGUAAUUGUCCAUAAUUUCCUCCCACAAUAUGCAAGGUCACUGUAUUUAUAACUUUUCUCAGCUGUUAAGCAUUGUCUCCAGUGCACUGUGCAAUACUGUUUGAAGCAACAAGAUGAGGGAACGCUACAAUAUACUUUUAGCAAACUUUUAUGCAAAUCUGAAACAAACUACUAAAAAAAAAAAAAAAUCUAAUCUGAUGCACUUUAAAUGAUGUUAAUUGUUGGUAUUGAAUGAAUGUUAAACUGAAUUUAGAGGUAACUUAGAAUUCAUUUUUACAGUAUAAAUUUUGAUUUAUUCUUUCUUCUUUCCCAAUGUGUCUCUGUUUGCAAAGGUAAUCAUAUUUUUCUAGGAAGUCAUGUGAGACAGCAAUAAAGGUUGCCCCAAAAAUUUGACUAGUGUGUUUCAGCAAAUCCUUAUGUUCGACAUGAUCAAUUAGAGGACAUAAGUAGUUACUUUGGUCCUAUGGUUGGAGGUACUAGCAUGACAGUCAAUGCUGAUGAUCUGGAUCACGGACCCUCACCAAUGCUCACAAACACAUGCAGUAUACACAAAGCUGCUGAUCUCAGUUAAAGAUAUACAGUAAGAGAGACCUCAUGAGUUUGUUUCCCUUGUUUUCACUGGUUGCAUUUCUGUGGAAAUAAAGUAUGAUUGUGAAACAUU